CCGCAGGUGAAUAAGCGGCGGCGGUCCCUUUUGAUCUUUCUGGUCCUUCGACGCGGAUACUGUGAUCGGAGUCGAAAUUAAGGUGAAACGAUGGAAAUGUACUCCCUCUACCGCGCCUGGCUGCACUUCGGCACCACGGGCCUUACGCCCGGCUUCCAGAACGUCCACCCCCUCCAACAUGCAACACCGGGCGCCAACCAGCCGCCCAGCGCUCCCGACGUCUCCCUCCAGGUCGGACCCGGCAUGACGCACUUCUCGGCGCACAAGGCCAUCCUGUCCGCCCACAGCGGAUACUUCAAGGCCGCCCUGGUCAACCACACGGAUUUGGAACCGAUCUCGGUGCCCAACGUCAACGUCGACGAGUUCUCCCACCUCCUGACCUUCAUGUACACCGGCUACCUCGACCUCAACAUCCGCAACAUCUACAACAUCCUCCUGGCCACCCACAUCCUCCACAUGCCGGCCGCCCUGGAGAUAUGCCGCUCGUUCCUGCUCCACGCCCAGAACAACGCGGACCUACGCACCAACGUCAUCAAGCCGAUAGCCAGCAGGAAGGCCCUGGCGCCCACCCAGCCGAUCUACGCACCCAACAACACCGCCGCCCUGCCCAAAUCGGAGGAUACGCCGUUCACGCUGGUCGUGCGUCAGCCGGAGAAGCUCCUAGACGAAGGUCCCACUUUGGCGUCCACCUCCAAGGAGUGCCGGGAGAAGGAGAUCGCUGCUUCCUCGUCCACCCACUCGAGGAGGACCGACAAGAGAUGCGGGGACAAGGGUAGGACCAAGAGGCGAUCGGACACGUGCAAUUCCAAGGUUAUAAUAGACGUGGCCUGCUGCGACGGGCCGGUGAGGUUCCACAGGGUCGUGAACAAGAACUACGGACUCACAGAGGGCGCUGAGAACCGCCCGGAGGCCCAACAAGACGUCAACCCCAACGACGCGAUGAACAAGGCGAUGGCCGAGAACAUCAGGGACAAACCGUCGGCUGCGGGAGACGAGAACGCGGCCGGCGGCAACGAGCUCUUCACCUGCCUCUACUGCAACCACACGUUCAAGUCGCAGUACUGCUAUCAGAAGCACGCGCGCAGGCACCUGAACCCGGUCGGCGUGGAGGCCAAGGCGGUCACCACCAAGGAGCUGAAGCGGGAGGUGAAGCUGCUCGACAUGAACGUGCAGUAUUACCCGUGCAAGACGUGCGGUUCAAAGUUCCCCAGCUACUACUUCGUGCACAAGCACAGGAAGAUGUGCCACGCGGAGGAGAUGGCCGACCUGAACCACAGGAACAACGAGAUCGUGCUGGAGGAGGGGGACGCGGCCAGCUCGAGCAGUUCCAUCGACGUGGAAGCAUUGAAUUCCGACGGUUCCUAAAGGUUUUCGACGUUUUACAAGGGCUCAGUUGUAUAUAUUCAAUAUUAGGGUAAUUCGUAGAAUAGGAUACAACUCGAAAGAAUGUAC